AUGAACCGAAGUGCUCAAAACUCGCUAGACAUCUCGCGAUAUGGAGACUCGGACGUGGCAUCAACCUUGAUAGCAAGCGAUGCUAAAAACAUGUAUUACUCUUUCGAGGGCUUGGACCUUGAUUACGACCGUUCGGACGCCGUCUCCGCCCAGAGCAACCCGACAACGAUUCGCUGCACCGUUACCUGGUGGGAUAAGAAGGUGCUUUUGCAGAGACAUGUGGAGCUCCUGUUGGAACAUUCUCGCCACUCUGCUGUUCAGGUGCGGCCGGAUCACCCGCCGCCCUAA